AUGAUCACUAUUAUCUUCUCCUUCCUCUCCAUCACCUCCACCACCUCCACCACCACCACCGCCUCCUCCACCUCCGCCGCCUCCUCCACCUCCACGGUCUCCACUGCCUCCUCCAGCUCCGCCACCACCGCCGCCUCCUCCAGCUCUGCCGCCACCGCUGCCUCCUCCAGCUCCGCCGCCACCGCCGCCUCCUCCAGCUCCGCCGCCACCGCUGCCUCGUCCAGCUCCGCCGCCGCCACCGCUGUCACCAUCAUUGCCACUGCCUCCUCCUCCUCCUCUUCCAAUUCUUUGACCACCACGGCCCUCUUCAUCACUGUUCCUGCCCCCAUUUCCUCCAGAACCGCCAGCUUGUUGUGUACAGAACGCCAAGCUGGUGGCUUUGGAUUUUGUGGGAUUUGUGAAGUCGAACCAGAAGUGUAUUUCUGA